AUGAGGAAGAAGAAGAAGCAUAAUUCAUCGUCUUCUAAGAAGAACCCCUCGAGUUCUCCGUCCUCCGCUUCGGAUGGCGCGUCCUCCGUAGGAAUCUCUACGAGACUGCCGUUGCUUCCGAUUGAUUGUACCCAUUCUCCGGAAACGGAUUCGGCAACCUCCCCUUCCCCUGUUUCACCCAAAGCUCCUGUUACUCAGGAUUCACUUUUAGGUCAUCAGGCGAAACCUGUUUCUGAAAUUGUGGUGGGUAAUUCUUCCGCGUCUGACAAAUCUGCGAAGGCUGUUACUACAGCUGACCCAGAAAAAGAAGAAGCUAUAACUAUCAAGACUACUGAACCCACACCGGUUUCGGAUUCUGCGAAUGUCGCUGCUGCGACGGACCCAGUCAAAUCAAACCCUGAAGGAAAGAAUUCAGGUGACUCAUGGUGCGACCUUUUUAAAGGAGGUUCCAAACAAUUGAAGAAGAAGGGAACGAGAUUUACUCUUCCAAAUGGUGAGGUUUGUGUGAAAAUUCCAAACUCUGUAAUUGAAAACAACAGAAAAUCUUGGGAUAGCUUCAUUCUUGGACAAUUCUAUUCGGAUCCUCCUUCUCAAGGCAUUGUUCACUCCAUUGUGAAUGGCAUUUGGAGUCGUCAUUUCAGAGACAUUUCAGUUACGAAAAUGGAAGGCUUCGCUUUUCUGUUUAAGAUACCAAAUUCUGCAACAAGACACAAGGUCCUAACUCAACGUCUAUGGCAGAUUGAUGGUCAAACCAUGUUUGUGGCUAAGUGGGAACCAGGAUUGGAGCCAGUGAAGCCUGAACUUAAAGAAGCGCCGAUCUGGUUGGAACUAAGGAAAGUACCUCUCCAAUACUUCAAUGAUGAGGGGCUCGAGCAUAUAGCGAGUCUAGUAGGCGACCCCAAGCUCCUCCACCCAUCAACGGCAAAUAAAACAAACCUGGAGGUGGCAAAGGUUUUUACAAUUAUAGAUCCAAGAAAACCGCUACCAGAGGUGGUGAAUGUUCAAUUUGACUCCGGGGAAAUCCGCAGAAUUGAAGUCUCGAGUCCUUGGAUGCCUCCAAUCUGCUCUCAUUGUAAGCAGGUGGGUCAUUCAUUAAAGAAAUGCAAAUCAGCUCCUGUCACCUGCUUGACUUGUAAUUCAACUGCCCAUUCUACUGAUCUUUGCACAAGAAGGGUGUUUAAUCCUAAAGAUCAACAGAACAAGAAGAGUGCUCAAGAUCAAAGUAGUAAAGAAAAUCCAAAAAGUUUAGUUUGGAAGGAAACCAGAAAGGAGAAACCCAAAGAGUCAGCUAUAAACGCUUCUGUGAAACUCAACCAUACGCAGAAGGGAGUUUCAAGCCGCUCUAGAGAAAAAGCCAAGGUUGGGGAUAAUUCAAUGUCAGAAGAGAAAAAAAAAAGUGAACAGGAUUCAGAGGCAGAGUCUGACUCAUCUGAUGUUGGAUCCAGCGAAUCAGAAGAAGGUGAAAUUAACUCAGAGGAUGAUGAUCAGUAUAUUGAAGUAAAAUCAAGGAGAAACCAACGGAGAGAUCGGGGCAAGGGCCCCAAAUCCUAG